UAGAAAUGGAAUGUGCCAUAAGAUAAAUGUAAUGUAAGUAAGAACAUGGACCGGUCCUUGCACAGGUAAGUGUAGCAUGGCCCAUGGCCAGUUUAUCUCUGGGCAUCAUUAGAAGUCUUAACACCAAUGACACAGUACCAAACUAGAACAGACAGAGGCCCAUUCACUUCUGACAAACAGACCAUGGCACGAAUUGUAGGAAUUCACCGGACUGUGACCGGACCAAUGCUUCAGCCACUACAAUGAUUAUGUAUGCAUGUAUACUUACAAUCCUUCACUGCUCAGUUGUGAUGGUAAUUUGAAGGCAGAAAUUGCUCGUAAAAUUCAGUGAGUGCAUGCAGCUGAUGUUCUUCUAAGGAGAUUGUGUGGAAUUUUUAUAUUAUUUGGAGAGUUGACAAGAAGAAUGUAAAAGAGCAUACCAGAAAAAAGUUUUCCUUUUGGAGCUAAGGAUGAUUUGAUGUGGAUAUAAUGGAUUUUAAAUGGUGGACAAGUUUUAAUUAAAUUCUGAUUGUAGAAGGAAUGUCAACAUUGGGCAAUCUGUUGUAAACACACAAAUCAUCCCUUACCAUGGAAGGCAGCAGUACACAAAAGAAAUCCCGGAAUCCAUUCAAGUUUUCAUUAAGCACUUCAUCACUAAAACCUAGUCCAAACCCUCCGAAGCCCGAUCCAUCAGCAGCCUCCAUUCUGCGGCCUCGGAAACUCCUCAGCAAUGACAAUUCAAAGAAUCGUUGGUCCUUAUCUCCUAUUGGUUCAAGUCUGCUUCCCAAUGACCAAGCAGGUAGUGAGUCUAAGCUUCAUAGUCUCAGUCAGUAUGAGACCAGUACUGGGAUAAAGUAUUCAGCCCAGCCUAUUAUAGGUCGACAUCACAGAGAAAAUGGUGUCCUUCAUCAUGAGGAAGAGAGAGGGAGACGGAUCUAUGAUAGACCUCGCUCCCAGGUAUACCCCUCCUCACCACUCUCACCCUCACCUCAGGAUUCUCUGUAUGACACACCAAAAGCACCACCCCCCCUGCCACACCCAUCCUCACCUAGAACCCCACCCUCAUCAGAGGGAACACCAAAGUCUGCCAGUUUACCUUCACCUUUGACCCCAAAGGAAAGGGACCUUAACCAGAACUAUCCUACAAAGGGGUCAGAUGACAAUGUCAAAGAAGUGCAGGAAAUUAAACUCUCAGUGGCAAGGUCACUAGGACCUUCUGAUGUUGGGUCAAGUUCUACAGGGUCAGUUGAGGAUGAAGCUGAUAGUGGUAAGACAGAAGUGACCUCCCCUGUUCGCCCCCCUAGGAGGACCAGCAGUUCUUCCAGUGCUAGCAAGAAGCCUCUAUCUGUUGUUCGUCAAGGUUCAGAGGAACCUCAGACUACUGAGGGAGGGGCAGAAACCAAAGAACCACGGCAAUGGAAACCUCGGCCCCCCAUAAUAAUCCCACUUGAUCCAGUUACAGUGGAUGAUGAUGACUUUAUUGGUUUUGCUACGCUCCCAGAUCAAGUUCACAGAAAAGCAGUUAAACGUGGAUUUGAGUUCUGUCUGAUGGUUGUGGGAGAAACAGGGCUUGGCAAAUCUACCCUGAUCAACAGUUUGUUUCUCACAGACUUGUACAAAAACAGGGAGCUUCCCAUCCAUAGAUUAGACAAUCCUAAUCAGACUUUGGACAUUGAGAAGAGACAGUUAGACAUUGAGGAGAGAGGGGUCAAAGUUCGCCUGUCAGUGGUUGAUACCCCCGGCUUCAGUGAUGCUUUAGAUGGGGAUGAAGCAUGGAAACCAAUCAUUGACUAUGUUGACCGGCAGUUUGAGCAGUUUUACCAGGCAGAGAGUGGCGUCAACAGGAAAAACAUCCAGGAUAGUCGGGUACACUGCUGUCUGUAUUUCAUAUCUCCAUACGGACAUGGGUUGAAGCCUUUAGAUAUAUUUAUGAUGAAGAAGCUGCAUCAUAAAGUUAACAUAAUACCUCUCAUCGCCAAGUCAGACACACUAACACCAAAGGAAAAAGCAAAUAUCAAGUCCAAGAUCUUGGAGCAAAUAGAACAGAAUGAGAUUGACAUUUAUCAAUUCCCAGAGUGCGAUAGUGACGAAGAUGAUGAGUUCAAGGAGCAAGAUAAGGCUCUGAAGGCAGCCAUACCAUUUGCUGUUGUGGGUAGCAACACAGUAGUGGAGGUAGCAGGUAAAAAGGUCAGAGGUCGAAUGUACCAGUGGGGAAUCGUAGAAGUGGACAAUCCUGCCCAUUGUGAUUUUGUUAGACUACGACAAAUGUUAAUAAGCACCCACAUGCAGGAUUUAAAAGAUAUAACCUCAGACAAACAUUAUGAGAAUUACCGAGCAGAACAUUUAGCCUCUCAGAUGAAACACUCCACUAGGGAAAGAACGAAACUUAAGAGAGAAUCUAUGAUAAACUUAGGACAGCUAGAGGACACAGACAAUCUGAUAGCACAGAAGGAUGCAGAGAUACAACGAAUGCAGGAGAUGUUGGCUAAAAUGCAGGCACAGCUACAGACAAACCCACGGACUGCUGUCAAUGGUACUUAACAUGCUACAGUGACUCAAUAAAGUAUAUCAAAGAGGAAUAGCUCCAUUAUUUAUAUGACAGUAAUUUUUGUCCCUAACAACAUUCAGUGGACUAAGAACAACAUUGGAGCCACAAGCAAAGGGAAGUAAUUCUGUGACAUACAAAAAAAACAUUCCAAAUGCGUUUGUCAUCCUUAAAAUCAUUAUAAAGAUAUCUGUAGAAGGACUGAUUUACUUUCCAAUACGUAUAUUUUAAUCUUCCUGGACAGCUAGUGGACCUGUGAAGUUGGGACUUGUUGGAAUUUUGUGUAUUGUAGAAACUGUGACAGUCCUGUAUGUAAACCUGUAAAAUAUACACUGUAUGUCAGGACAUUCGUCUUCCUACUGUCAUCUAAUGUAUAUGUAAUUCAAGAUGUUUACAUUAAUAAUUUACUUAUUGGUAAAUAAAUAUUUAUAUGACUUAUAAAGCAA